AUGAAGCUAAUCCUCUGCCUGCUGACACUGUCCCUCAUCGGCGUGAUGGGCCAGCAGUACUUUGGUGUGAACGAGCCGGCCCUUGGCUUUUCGGCCGACAAGAUUCCCGGCCAGCUGUGGUUCGACUUCCCGCUCAUUCCGAACGAGUCCAUCGACUACUUCGCCGCCAAGGGCAUGAACACCAUCCGCGUGGGCCUCAUCUGGGAGCGAGCCCAGCCCACCCUCUUCGGCGCCCUUGACUCCACCUACAUCCAAUACCUGACGGACAGUGUAAACUACGUGACCAACACGAAGGGCAUGUACUGUCUGCUGGACCUGCACAACUACCACCGCUAUCGCGACCAGGUGAUCGGCUCGACCGCCGUGCCCUACACGGCGCUCACCGACGUGUGGCAGCGCCUGGCCACGCUCUACAAGGACAACCCGCGCAUGAUAUGGGGCACCAUGAACGAGCCCUACGGUAUCACCUACCUCGCCGCCAAGCUCGGCGCCAACGCCGCCAUCAAGGGCAUCCGUGACGCCGGCGCCACUCAACUGAUCACGAUCAGCGGCAAUGACUACUCGAGCGUGUCCGGGUGGGUGGGCACCAACAGCGUGUGGAUGGGUCCCUCCAACAUCACCGAUCCGCUCAACAACUGGAUGUACGAGAUGCAUCAGUACUUUGACAACCAGGGCGGCAGCACCGUCUGCGUGCCCACCUGGGACGUCGAGGGCAACUUUGCCGCUACCACCACCUGGGCUCGUAAUAAUGGAGUACUUCUGUUCCUCACCCAUGUGUGCUUCUCAUCACGCAGUAAGAUCUUCCUGGGCGAGUUCGGCCUCAACGACUCAGACCAGUGCAUCGCCCUUCUCAACCGCAUCAUGACAUUCCUUAAGGCCAACAAAGAUGUGUGGAACGGGUGGACCUGGUGGUCGGCCGGCCCGUGGUGGCCCGAGGACUACGUGAACCUCAUCGAACCCAUGACCGACGGCACUGACCGCAACCGCAUCAUGGGCAUCCUCCAGGGCUACUUCCCCGCGGCGACCACGCCGAGCCCGACCAGCACCCGCACGCCGACGCCGUCGACCAGCCGCAGCCCGAGCCGCACGCCGACGCCGUCGACCACCCGCAGCCCGAGCCGUACGCCGACGCCGUCGACCACCCGCAGCCCGAGCCGUACGCCGACUCCCUCGACCAGCCGCGUGCCGAGCAGCGCCACGCCGUCAGUCAGCCGUGCUGCGAGCCCGUCGGCCUCCCGCGCUCCCGUCGUGACGGGCCGUCCGCAGUACUUUGGAGUGAACGAGGCCGCUUUGGGCCUCACGCCCGACGUCCUGCCCGGCCAAGCGUGGGUCAACUACCCGCUCAUCAGCGAGGCCUCGCUGGACUACUUCGCGUCCAAGCGCAUGAACACCAUCCGCGUGCCCAUCACCUGGGAACGCCUUCAGCCCACCCUCAACGGCGCCCUCGACACCACCUACCUCGGCUACCUCACGUCGAGUGUGAACUACAUCACGAACACGAAGGGCAUGUACUGCGUGAUCGACAUCCACAACUACCACCGCUAUCGGGGCCAGCUGCUCGGCUCGGCGGCCGUGCCGUACAACACCAUCACCAACCUGUGGUACCGCCUGGCCGGCCUCUUCAAGACCAACCCUCGCGUAAUCUUCGGCACCAUGAACCAGCCCUACGGCGUGUCCUACCUGGACGCCCUGCUGGGCGCCAACGCCGCCAUCGCCGGCGUCCGCGGUGCCGGCGCCACUCAACCCGUCACGAUCAGUGGCAGCGACUACUCGGCGGUGAGCUCGUGGGUGGGCACCAACAGUCUGUGGCUGGGUCCGGGCAACAUCACCGACCCGCUCAACAACUUCAUGUACGAGAUGCACCAGUUCUUCGACGGCCAGGGCGGCACCACCGUGUGCCAGCCGGACAUCAACGUCGACGCCCUGUUCGGCGGCGUGACCCAAUGGGCGCGCUCGCUCGGCGUUAAGGUGUUCUUGGGUUCGUUCGGCAUCAACGACUCGGAUCAAUGCCUGCCGCUGCUCAACCGGCUCAUGACUUACAUCAAUGCCAACAAGGACGUGUGGAACGGCUGGACCUGGUGGGCGGCUGGUCCCUGGUGGGGCAACUACAUCUACCUCCUCGAACCCAACUCCGAUGGGACCGACCCCAACCGCCUCAUGGCCAACCUCCAGAACUACUUCUGA